UGAAUCACGAAGAAGUGCCGCAGGUAUACCUCGCUGAAUGCGCCUUCUGUAGAUACGGUCUAGUUCCAUCGAACAAUAUAAACUUAGGAUAUCUUCGCCGGUUUUGGAGUUUUAAGACGCGGUUUUUUUGUCAUUUUUCUGUUAGUCAGUCACCUGCGUGUCGCGAAAACAGUUCUACCUCUUUUCUUUUUUUAGAGUGAAAAUUUAGUUGUGUCGUACGGUUGGAUAGAGAAGAUACUUGUUUUAGAGACACCAAAAUGUAUCUUCAAAAAUGGAUGCUAUUUUUAUGGGCCCUUAGCUUAACGGAUAAAGGUUUAGCUAUAAUACCAAAAGAUGCUGAGCUUGUUUUUGAAACACCAGAUGAUUUUGACUCUCGUCAAAACGACCGAUAUCCAGGCUACCCGCCCUUCACCUCAGAGGACAUGAACAACGUAUAUCCAGAAGAGAGAGAGCGAGAUAGAGAACUGGGUCGCAGAUGUACAGAUAAAAUGGAAAAAGCUUUGGAAACCAUUAGAAGAAGGCAGUUGGCGAAAGAGAAAAUGUUCCAUUUAAAUGGUUACUCUUUACAUCAACAAUUAAGAAGUGCUCCCCUUGAUAUGUAUGUCACUGAUAUGAGAGUCAGGUUGCCUCCAUCAAAGAGUUGGGUCAGAGUAGACAAAUGUGCAUUUAACCCGAUCAACCAUAGCUUGGAAACUAGAUUACUUUUUAAUGAUCUAACCAUAAGUGGUAGAGUAAACUUAUUCAAUGAUGGCGAUUUAGAGAGAGAGCCAAUAUCACCCAACCCCGAAGAAAGUUGUAACAUGAUUCUCAGGUUAAGAAAAGCAGGUAUCGGCUUUCAUACUGAACCAAUUCGAAAAGAGCGCGGCCAAUUUAAUGUAAAAACCGACAGUCACUUUCUGGAGCCGGGUUUUAUUUCAGUCUACGCGUAUGGUUGCGAACCGGGACUGAAAAGAAGGGAUUUUUCCGGGGAGCUACCACUACGAGAUCUAAGGGAACGAGAAAGACUUGAGGAGGAAGAAGAGGAAGUUAGUAGAGAAAUGGAGGAUAUUUUUCUGAGAGGUAUACGACAGCUACUUACUUCAUAUAUGCAGAGAGAACUUCAACCCGCUAUAAAAGAAACACUUAUGAAAAAUAUGGGAUAUACAAUAUCUUAUGGAUAAAAUUCACCUUUUUAAAUUUAUGUGUAGAUUUAAUUUAAAACUGAGAUACAAUACCAAAAAUUUGUAAAUAAAAUUAAAAAUAUCUAA